ACGGUGAUGAUCUGGACUUGUGUCUCUCGACAAGGAAGCAGACGCACUUCAAGAUGAGGAGUUUUUGGGCCUUGCCCGCUCUGCUGCGAGUAGCGGCCGCUGCUCAGAAUACCUUCAGUGUGCAAGAUGAUGUUCUUGCCUUCCCCCAGUUCUCGGUCGACUUCCCAGAAGGCCACAUCUCAAACCUGCAGGCUCAGGCGAGACUCUCCGAUCCCAAGGCUCAAUCCGACGACCUUUCCCUCGCCUCGGCGACCGACCAUGGGCCACAAGCUUCCAAGCCGCGAUACGACUACGAGGAAGUCGUUUUAGCAAACCAACACUACCUGUGCCAGAUCCCGCGCAUAGUCGAGCAACCUCCCGCAUCGCAACCCAACGAGACUCUGUCGAAGCAGGAUCAUGAAAAAGAGCUAGUUCGCGCAAACGAUAGGGGCUGGGAGUUGCUCAAGGGCAUGCAAGGCAAUUGCAUCUACUUCUGGAGCGGAUGGUGGAGCUACAGGUAUUGCUACGGCCAGGGCGUCAAGCAGUUCCAUCAACUGCCUCCCUCCCAAGGCGUCCCCGCCUAUCCUCCUGUCGAAGAUCCCGGUGUGCCCGGCUUCAUGCUUGGCGCCGUACAAGACCAGCCCCAUGAUACCAGCCAAGAGAAGCAUCCUGACGACAAGGCUAUUGGCAAGCUCGAGACCCGCGGAGAGAGCAGGUAUCUCGUACAGCGUCUAUCCGGUGGCACCCUCUGCGACUUGACGGCUAAAGAGCGACGCAUCGAAGUCCAGUUCCACUGCAACCCUGCCACUUCGGAUCGCAUAUCCCUCAUCAAAGAGGUUGCGACAUGUGCCUAUCUCAUGGUCAUCCAGACUCCACGUCUCUGCAACGACGUCGCCUUCCAGCCUCCUCAGAAGGACCGUGCCAACAAGAUUGCCUGUUCGCCCAUUCUUGCUGAAGACCAAGUGCCUGAAUACGAAGCCGGCAUUGCUGCUGCUUCCGACAUCCUUGCAGCCACCGCUCCCAACCCAACCGUCGAUUCGCAAUCCAAGGGGCCUAUAAACAUCGGCGGUAUCACCGUCGGUGCACAUAAAUGGGUCCCUGAAGGCAGCAAGAUAGAAAAAUCUGCCAUCGUGGGAGGCGGCAAGGAAAAGUUUGUCGAGACCAUCGCCGACAGCUUCGGCAAAGCCAUGUCUGCAGAGGAAUUGAAGAGGCUCGGCCUUGGUGAUGCGAAGAGCGUCGAAAAGUUGAAGAAGGAACUGGAAAAGAUUGCAGGUGGUCAAGGCUGGGAGCUCAAAGUCUUUGACACUCCCGAUGGCCGCGAAUACAGAGGUGUUCUGUUAGGCGACGAUGAGGAUGAUUCCGCGAAGCAAGAAACCGCUCAAACGACGGGCGCGAAGAAGGAUGAGUCCAAGCCCACCAAAGACGUUCCUUCCGACGACGAACAGAAGCCAGAGGGUUCUGAGGAGACGUACAAAGACGAGCUAUGA